ACAACCAUAAAAUGUUACGAUUUUCUAGUACGUAAGUAACUUACCUACAAUAGGAAUUUUGUUUUAUAAAGCAGAGGGCGCUGUAUUCAGGGACAGUCAACUUUCGCGCUGCAAUCAAUUAAAUUGGUUUUCAAGUGCAAAAAUAGUGCUUCUGUGUUUUGUUUGGAUUUUUCAUACGCAGGAAAUGGAGAAAGUCACUUUACUUGUGUUAUUUGUUGCACUCGGUUUCUGUAACUGCGCAGAUACAAAUACAUGCACAUCAGAUGGGCGAUUCAUAACUGAUAGUUACUGCACCAGCUAUACUGUUUGUGUUAAGCAAGCCACUUCAUUCGUUACUUACACCAUCCCAUGUCCUAAGGGCCUCAGCUUAAAUCUGAACUUGGUUUGUUCCAUCACCGGUGCCAAAUGUCUUCCUAGUUACUCUUGCACGAGCCUUGGAAACUUUUCAGAUUCAACAUCUGCGAGAAAUUACAUUUCUUGUACCCAAGGGUUAGGUGAUUUGAAAAUAGCAAUAUCUAUGGAAUGCCCGAAAUCAACGGAAUUCAAUGCAGCUUCGGGAAUAUGCGAAGAAAAUUUAACUCCUAUUACUACAACAGACUCUCAACCAUCUAUUGAAACAACUGUGCCAUCUACUUUAUCACCUAUAAAUGAGCUCUCAGGUGCCACAUUAAAACCAUCUGCUGAGACAACUACUAUAUUACCUAUUUUGCCAUUUAAUCCCAGAAAUCCAAUAAAUGAGCUCUCAGAUGAUACAUUAAGAGUGAUUCCUCCAAUUUUUACUACCACCACACAAAAGAUAACUCCGAGAGCAGCUAACAACUCAGUAAAUAAUGUCGCUUCCUACAUCAUAGUUCUAGCAAUUUUAUUUUGUAAUAUGUUUACGCAUAGAGUUGAAGCGUAGUUAUCAUAAUAUACUUAUGUUCCGAUCUAAUUUUCGAUUUACGUAGGUUCUAUAAAGUCGAAACAUGUAAAUAUAUUUUUGUGUAUUCUUGUAAGUAGGUACCUUAUUAAUAACUUUUUACAUCAUUAAUCUUAUAUGAAAUCAUGACGGACGCAUUUAGGAUUCGUACAGUACCUAGUC